AUGACCCCUGCUGAUAUGACGGAGGAAGAUCCCAGACUUCGAAAACUUGCACAAGAACUUUGUAGUCAGCUUGCUAUAAAUCGAGAACAAGUUAGGAAGUUACAACUUCAGAUUGAUGAAAUAAAAUCUCGAACUGAAGGUUCUGAUGGAUCAUUGAAUCGUCCUAAUUUUCGUGCACCACCCUUUGAGUCUGGUACUGAUUUGGAACGCCAAAAUGCACUACUGAUUUUCGAAAAUCAACAAUUAAACGAAGAAAAUUCAGAAUUGCUGGCAAUUAUCAAAGAAUAUGAAACCACGCUGCAAGUGAUGAUGAAUAAAUUUAGGGUUCAGGCCUAUGAAAUACAACAAAGUAAAUUUGAUAUGCAACGAGAUUAUGAGGCGCUCCUGGAAGAGGAAAGGCGAGCGAAAUCCCAAGUAUUAGUCGAACAUGCAUCCCUACUUUCACAAAUCUCCAAAGUUGGUAGUAUAGUUAGAGAAGCGUAUGAUGCACAAACCAAUAUUGACACAGACAUUCUGGUAGAAAGUUUGUAUAUAGAGAAUCAAGGGUUGAGACAACUGCUGAGAAUCGCUGAUGGUUCCGAAUUACCACCAGAGAAAGUUGAUUCGCCGACAACCGUGAAACACAUGCUAAAUUCAGAUACACCUAACGAUAGUACUAUUGAGAAUACUACAGAAGAGAGUUAA